AUGUCCACCCAGCCCCAGAACCCACAUCUGAUUGGCUUUGUUGCUUAUUCUGGCCCCUCCCACACCACACAGCCAUACAAGUACUGGCUGCUCCUUGAUGGCCAGGCAGACCCAGCAGCCGCUGAGGGGCCAGUGAAGAGGAAAGCCGCAUCUGUUGUGUGGUGGCCACAAUCACUCGGGCGUCUGAGUUUACUGGUGCACUGCUGGGAGGAGAGUUAUGAGAUGACUGUUGGCUAUCAGUCUCCGUGGGCAGGUGGCUUGGCCUUGAGUGGGAAUGGCUGGGAUUUGGGUGUUGCCUUUAGGAGGGAUACCUGCAUGUCUUGUUCCAGUCUGCACUGGGAAGAAUUCAAAUAUGCACCUGGCUCCCUUCACUAUUUUGCCCUAUCCUUUGUGCUCAUUCUUACUGAAAUCUGUCUUGUCAGCUCAGGAAUGGGAAUCCCCAGGGAAGGAAAGCAUUUUUUUUGUUCUGGGAAGCCCAGACUGUUCACUUUGGGGCAGGGCCAAACAUGUGCCUGGUGAAUUUGCUUGAAAACCAUCACUGUCUUCUACCCCCAUCACUGUAUAGUGCAAAACUUGAUUAAAGUGGUAUCUGAGAACCAUAA